UUGCCAGGAUUUUGGUUGGAACUGUGGCAAAGCCUGGCACUUAUCAUAAAAUCGAGUCAGUGAUUAGGGCUGAAGCAACGCGCUGAUACGGUUGUUUGGUUGUCCGUUCAGUCGCCAUGCUCCCUAUCGCUAACUUGAAUCUCAAAGACCUCUACCAAUCAACCUUCGAAUUCUUUGCCUCGCUUAAUCCUUCCUUUUCUUUCAGUGCUUUCAGCGCUGAAGACUCUGUCUCUGUCUCUGACUCAUCUUUUCCGUUGACGCCGAGAGACCCGACGCCGAGAAACCUUUCCACAGACGAGGAGUCUGCUUCAUUACGUGACAGGUUGGAUGCUGCCGAACGCACCAACUCUCACAAUCCGUCUUCUUGUGAUCCCUCUUUUGGCGCAUCUGCUGCAGCUUCUACUCUUUAUUCAAUGCGCCGCGAACACGAUGCUACAAAAUACGAACUCUCCAGAACCCAAGCAGAAGUCGCUCGCUGGGAGGAGAGGUGUAAAACCCUCGAGAAGACCCUCAAAGAAACGAGAGACCUUUUGAAGGUCAGAGACCAGGAGAUUCAGGUGCUCAAGGAGCGCGAAAGGCGCUCUCCCGAGCGUCAUUGCCCUUCCACUCACAUCGAUCGUCGACGAAGCCGUGAUCCCGCACAUCAGCGAUCAGACUCAUCCCAGUCUUUGCAGAUCCGACUGAGCGCUGACUGGUCAGAGAUCCAUGGCGAUACCUUAUCGCAGGCCAACGGCAAUCAUAGCCGCAAUGGUAGCAACUUGGAUAACAUGUCUACCGUGUCCGAGGAAGAGCGAGCCCGGUCUCGCAGCUUAGAGACCUUCCUGAAUAAGAUUGAUUUGUGGUCUGGAGCGCAGGUCAUACAAGCCGUGCAAGAUCUCAACUCUGAAAUUCUCCAGUUUGCAGCAUCUGCCACAGAACUUUGCACGUUCUCAAAGCAGCGCCCUAACUCAGCCAAGGUUACGCAAGCUUCCUCCGAAGUUGCCACGAGGUUGGGUGCUGCCCUGAGUCGCUUAUUGGCAACUCGGGAUCACUCCCAGGAUCCUAUGCUUGUCCAGCUAGCUCUCCAGGGUUGCAUCUCGUACUGCAUAUCUAGAGCACUAUCGUCAUUUUGCAUCGGUUACCAAUCCAAGGCGAACAUCACCCUGACCCAGAUUUAUACCCACAUGUUCCACUCAGAACCUCAGCCAACCUCGUCACGAUGGAGAGCACUGACCCAUAAACACAUCCACGAGCUCCACCCCGAACUUAAUGAAUACGCAAUCAAUGAGAUGACGGAAACGAUUUUCCGCUGGUCGCUAGACAUUUUCCUCAUCUCUGGCAGCACCAAUCCGCAGCCCAAUCCGGCUUCGCGCGAGAACUUCCGUGCACGCUUCGGGGCCCAAGUCAAACGUAUCUCGAAGGCCGCUUGCAGGCUAGCACAAGUGACGAAGGAGGAGAUCAUGUCGGCGAACUUCGAGGUUAUCGCUGCGGAUAGCGGCCAGCCGUUUGACGGGCAGGAAAUGAUGGAUGCGUUUGAAGACUAUGGAUCGUCGGACGGCGUUGUUCUGUGCACAACGGAAUUAGGCCUACGGUGCUCGACGAGCAAAGCAAUGAGCGACGCGCUGGCACCAGAAGAAAGCAUAGACCGGCGUAUACUAUUGCGACCCAAGGUAGUUCUUGAAUCUGUUGUAGAAGUUAUUGACCCGCGAUGAUGUCUCUUUUCUUACUAACAAUGUUUGCUAUAUCUAUGUACUUUGCAUAAUUCCCCUCAUCCAUCCAUACCAUGCACCGCUGUUGUACUUUCUCUGUACUUAUACUUACUUACUUCAUAGACGUCGACGUUA